CUCUUCCGACAACGACAAGUCAAAACGUCUGCUGUAAAAGGUCCUAUCUCGAAUGCUCUUACCUCUUUUCAGGUUCUGGCACUGUCCAAAAACAAUGGCGCCUCACCUCUGCGACGUAUAUCUACUGUUCACCGUGAAUUCUCUCUAAAAGUUGACCCCCAUCAAGCUAAGUUUGAACUCCCCCUUCAGUCGCCAAAAAACUUCGACAGAGACUCGUUUCCGAUUCAGUCCCAGGUGUGCGUUAGCUCACUGGACGCAGCUCCCCACUUCAGGGCGAAGAUUUUUAGCUUCCCGCGUCGUUUCUGAGACAAGUCUCAGAUGUCUAACAGUGAAGACUAUGUGGUCUGGUUGGAAACUGCUUUGUAAAAGGAUAUUUUUGGACUCCAGCUGUUCGGAGAUGGCCUGGAAUCGCCCUUGAAGUCGCUGCAUCGUUUCCUCCAUCUAAAGGGAAGGAAAAAACUCACCACAAGGAACCAGAGGGGGGAUAAACACCGUGGAACAGUGUCCACAGAGCCAGUGACAGCCAGCUGACAUCACUUCACAACUUCUUGCCCGGGUAUUGGACUGGUGAGCAGCGGCCGAACAUGGAAGAUGAACUGUUUGACCAGAUUGUGACCGCGUUGAACAAGCUGGUGUCGUGGGUCGCUGCCGGUGCCAUGGUGUUCGGUGGCGUGGUGCCCUACAUCCCCCAGUACAGAGACAUCCGCCGGACGCAGAAUGCAGAGGGCUUCUCCACCUAUGUGUGCCUGGUCCUCCUGGUGGCUAACAUCCUACGAAUACUCUUCAGAUUUGGCCGCUACUUUGAGACGCUGCUGCUGUGGCAGAGCAUCAUCAUGAUCGCCACCAUGCUUAUCAUGCUGAAUCUGUGCACCAACGUCCGCAUGACCACCGAACUCAACACCAAGAGACGCUCCUUCAUAGCCACAGACAGUAAGGACGAGGAGGUCAGAAUCCCUAAGAGGCUCUUUCUAGACUUCGACUGGAAUCACUUCUGGUCAUGGAGUCGCUUUGUGGACUACGUCCAGUGUGUGCUGGCCUUCACGCUGGUGGCAGCCUACAUCACCUACCUCCUCCUGGACUCGGCGCUGUUUGUGGAGACUCUGGGCUUUUUGGCCGUCUUUGCUGAAGCGAUGCUGGGAACACCGCAGCUCUACUGCAAUUAUCAGAACAAGUCCACUGAGGGCAUGAGUAUCAAGAUGGUGCUGAUGUGGGCCAGUGGCGACACCUUUAAAACGGGCUACUUCCUGCUCACCCAGGCUCCCGUGCAGUUCUGGACAUGCGGCCUGCUGCAGGUCGGCGUGGACAUCGCCAUCCUUUUCCAGGUUUACUACUACAGCCGCUACCCACAAAAACCCAUCUCCCACACUGUCUCCCACACCACCAGUGCCAAAGCCCUAUGAGAGCCUCUGCAAGCUCCCCGAGGACACUCAAAAACAGCAGUGAGGAAAACCCUUUUAGAGGAGCUGUGGACAUGUAUAAACAUACAUGAGAACCAAAGUACUUUGAGAUGAUGCAGGCUGCUCACUGUCAUCUCUGAAGAUAAAUAAAGACACAUACACACCCAAUAAGUCAUGAACAUACACAGACACUUGGUGGUUUUGGUGUCUUCGGCAAUACCUGGAGUACACUUGUUACACACACACUCAAUCUUUUUAGUUUGUUUAUUAUCCUACUGACUUCCUCUCAAUUUGACAGUAUGCUUGUGUCUUGGAAUGCAGACUUCUCAAAGAAUAUAUCCUUGAAUCAGCCUGUGCAUGUGGAGAAUAUUAUGCACAUACCUGAAUAAACUGUAAAUGUAUGCACUGAAAUCUGUGCUCAAGGAAAUGUGGACCAGCUUUUUUUGUCCACAUACGCUGAUGAUUGUUGCAUGGACCCUCUGCCUUAAAACACACACUUUCAAACAUGGCUUGCUGCAUUACCAGCAAUAUAAAUGUAUAAAUCAAUCAAAAAAAAAUCUUGGUAUACAACAUUACUGAAUGUACAAAAUGGCAUUUGCUAUUUAGUUGUUUUUUCCCCCAACACAGUGGAGAAAUGCUGGUCAGUCUACCGCGUGUUGGACAGAUGGUCACCAUUUGCUGUGACACAUGGGCUCAAUCCUUGUGAAAUGAAACUGUAAGAAACUAGAAGCAAUCAAACUACCAAAAGAAGAAAAAUCCCAAAGGUGUGGAGUUGCAAUACAUUGGCUUCUAAAACACAAUUUGUCAUAAACAUUAGAGGCCUUCAGACUAACGGAGAGAUGAGAAGAAAGAACUUGUGUUGAGUUGUAGGAAACAUCAUGAAACAUCAACAUCAUCAGGACCAGUGUUUGACCUGCAUGGGCUGUCUAAAAGCUAAUGCCAACAUUUUUGUACUUAAGCUGUUGAUGACAUUUUGUUUAUAAUUUUGAUCAUUUUCAUGCCAGAAAUUCCAAAAACCCUGCAGGAAUCAAUUUAGAUCCAAGAUCCCAGUAUUCCUAAGGUGCAUUCAGACUGAAAACAAAGUGAAGUUUAGACAGUGUGCAAACACGCAUACACGGUCAUUGAAGCAAGUGAACAUAAAUUUACUCUGGCACAAGGACAAGUCAUCGUGAGUUAGAAUUUAAGCCAAACAUUGCUUUUGCGAUGGGUUGAUGAAUCCACUCCAUAAAAUUACAGGGAUCAGAGGAAAGAAAGGGGAGAGAGACUGGAGUAAAUAAAAGAACUGGGGUUCCUGCUGAAUUCUGAGAUAAGGGUAUGAGCUGUCACACAAACACAAAACAGACACACUCUACACACACACACUUGCUGUGUAGGGUGCUAGCUAGUAACAGCUAAUUUCUGUACUGUCAGUUUUAUAAUGUCUGUCUGGGGCAAAUAAAGAGCGAUUGCAAAAAACACUCAAGUGGUCAAAUUACCCCAGGUGAAGUUUAGCUUCUCAUUCAGUCUGAACACACCUUUAGGAUGAAAACAGCAUUUAUACCACAGGAUCAUGAUGGAAUUGUCACGGAAUAGAUUUCGAUAAAUUUGCACCUUCGUGAAAGAUAACUCUGGUUCAUUACAACUUGGGUCUUGUGCUGCAGUUAUGUAAUGUUGGCAGAAUGAGAAGAACAGACAAACCUAGAGUUAUCCAAGUAGGGAUUAUCCACGCAGUCAGUUAGCUGCUUUUGCUACUUUUGUACUGUGUAUAGCUCCUUUCUAAAUUAACUGAAUCAACUGUGAGAUGUGUUAAGUUAAUAUAGGAUUUGAUUAGAAAGUAACUUCCAGCAUUGUUGCCUUUGCAGCCAUUUUGUCACCACUUUGUUGACACCUCUUUAGUUCCUUUUCAUCAAGUGGGGAUAUCAUAGCCGUCAAAAAAUCCCCAAAACUUCUGACUUGGAAUUAUCGGAGGAGGCUGACGUUGGCCUUUUUUUCCCCAUUUUUCUGCUCGGAAUUACAGUCUGAACAGUAUGAAGUAGAAGUGGCAUUAUUUUAGCAAUUUUGGCCAUUUGUAAUAACAUUAUACCCAGUUAUUUGCUAAAACCCAGGAAUGCAUCAGCGAAAGAAGUCCUAGAGUCUCAGCAAUUAUGUUGGAGUUGCCUAUAAAAAUAAUGAAAUAAGACCCAAGUUGUAAUGAACAAGAAUUAUCCUUUAAGAGAGGUUCAGUUUGAAGACUGAUAUUUCUGAAUAUGCUCUCUUUCUUCACCACCAUCAUAUUGCCAGUGGAUAACACUGACUGGCCAGUAUAUUAUUUAUAUUGUAAAUCCAAUAACAUCCCCUGAUAUCCAUGAUCAUGACUCCAUUUCACUGUGUGCUUCUUUGGGCCAGUCGUACUCACCAUUUUGUCCUAAGAAAUUAAUUUCCUGUUCAGAAGGACAAGCAGUCACAUAAUGCAGCCACAGUGAAGAUUUUCCUUGCUAUUGUUGUUCUGUAAUGUUUCUCUGGGGAGGGAAGAAAUGCCAAACCAGGAGGUGUACAACUGUCAGGCCUUCAGUGAACUGUGUACCAGAGCAGACCUGAUUCUGUCCUCCUCUUCUAAGCCUCAAGAAAUGGAAACUUCCCUUUUGUUCCACUGGGUUGGCAGGAGGUUCUUUCUCCUCUUUUUAAUAUUAAAAAAGACAUUGUGGAUGACUCCAUGGUAUCUUAGUGGUGGAGGUGCACUUUUUAUGUUUACACCUAUUUAGCAACUAUUUAUUUUCUGUUUUUGGGUUUUUUUUUUGGUUUUUUUU